AUGAUGGCCGAAAAUUCAGAUCAGCUCAAGACUGAGCCUGUGGUCGAUGAGCGUGAUUCAAUUCAAAAGGUUGAACCUGUAGUUGAUGAGCAAGAAUUCGAUCGAGGAAACUCAUCGCUGGCUCCGCCAAAGACUAGACUAGCUCGUCUCAAGGCUUCGCUUUGGGAUACGUGGGACAAGUCGCCCGAGGAGCGCAAGCUUGUUCAGAAAGUGGACUGGUGGCUGUUGAGUUACGCAUGCACUGCAUAUUUCAUCAAGUCGCUAGAUCAAUCAAAUACUUCUAAUGCGUACGUUUCUGGAAUGAAAGAGGCGCUUGACCUCAAGGGAAACGACCUCAACUACCUGACUACCUACUGGAACAUCGGCUAUAUCAUUGGACAGAUCCCAUCUCAAUUAGUAUUGACCAAGAUCCGCCCGUCGAUCUGGCUACCAACCCUAGAGUUGAUAUGGAGUAUAUUCGUGAUGGCACUAGCAGGCGCGAAAGACGCAAAGACAAUCUUUAUCCUGCGCUUUUUCAUCGGACUGUGCGAAGCAUCCGCUUAUCCUGGUAUUAUCACGCUGCUAGGAAACUGGUAUUCGCCACAAGAGCUGGGCAAACGAAGUGCCAUUUUCCAGGCCUCUUCAAGCGCGGCCAACAUGUUCUCGGGAUAUCUCCAGGCAGCGCUAUACAAGGGCAUGAAUGGUCGUGGAGGUCUCGCUGCCUGGCAGUGGCUGUUCAUCUUUGACGGAAUCCUCGGAAUCCCCAUCGCUCUCUAUGGUUUCUGGGCUAUUCCCGAUUCACCGAGCGACUCGAAGAAUAGAUGGCUGAGCAAGGAAGAGACCGAGCAUGCUGGGGAGCGGAUGAAGAAGAUCGGACGUGCACCAGCGAAGAAGCUGAAAGUGCGAACCUUCAUUGAUGUCAUUCGCUCGUGGCCGGUCUGGCUAUUUUCCUUAGCAUUCAUCUGCCACGUCCUUGGCCUACGCAUCUACUCCUAUUUCAGCGUGUGGCUCAAGUCAACACACAAAUACUCAGUUGAGCAGAUCAACGUUAUCCCCUCAGCAGGAUACGGACUGCAGAUCAUCUGUACCCUCCUCUACGCAUGGACAAGUGAUUACUUCCAAGUUCGCUGGCCGAUUAUUGUGUUUGCCUGUAUACCCGGUCUAAUAGGAACAAUCAUCCUCUCCAUAUGGCCAAUUCAAAACACGGCAGCAAUGAUGGCAGGCUGGCUUCUCACAUAUGCCGAAACAGGAGCCGGAAUCAUCUUCACAUCAUGGAUAAGCGAGACGUGCGGUUUCUCAGCUGAACAUCGUGUCAUCGUGAUAGGAGUGGUUGAGGCGAUCUCCUUUACUUUUAAUGCGUGGGUUCCUUUGCUGGCAUACAACACGAGUCAGGAGCCGCGUUUCAAAGUCGGAUACCAGAUAGCUGCGAUGUUCUUUGCGCUUGAAAUUAUUUUCACGCUUGUUAUUGCGGUGGUUGAGAGAAGGUGGCCUGCUAGGGAUUUGGCGAAGGAUAGAGAGGAUGAGCUGGCGCAGUCGGCUGAUAAUGCUAUAUAA